ACUUCUGCACACAGCUCCUUCCUAAGGACACGAGGCUCCAGACUCCACUGCCUGGCCAUGAGGCUUCUCGUGCUUUCCAGCCUUUUCUGCAUCCUACUUCUCUGCUUUUCAGUCUUCUCUGUGGAAGGGAGGAAGCCCCCCAAGCCCUGGAGAGUCAGGCCCUGCUGCCACAGAGUGUCCAGCCACAACGCGAGAGGACCUCGUGCAAGGGUCUGCAGACUGUGCAAGGUCAAGCCCGGGAUCAGCUCUUGGGUGGUGCCUGGGGCGCUCCCACAGGUGUAGCGCUCCCAAAGCCUCUGGACAGCGGAGACCCUCCUGCCCAGCACCCAAGAUGCCCAGCAGCCUUAAGGUGCCCCUUUCAACUUUCAGGGCAAUGAGCUGCAGUGUUGGAGGGCUUCAUCUCAGGCAGCCAGGGCCCUGGGAGAGUUCUAGAACUCCAAGUCCCAGUCUCAAGUGUGCCAUCCACCUUCAGAAUGCCUCAGCCCACAGGGCCUCCAUCCUCCCAUAGCCCUUUCAGUGCUGGUAGAUGAGGAUUCCACCAUGACCUGUGCAGCUACAAUUCCAGAGACAUCUGAGCCUGCUAGAGUACGGCAUAGUGAGCACCCAAGAGUGGCCAACCAAGACUGUGAAGUUUCAGCCUUCCUCAGAUCCAUUCCAUCUCCUGGCAUUAAACCACCCCACAGCAUCCCAUGCCCCCUAAGGAAAUUCCAUCCUGACUUUCUGACAUGAGUCUGCUGGAAAGAACAUCCAAUCCAAACAAACAAAUGAUAAAUAAAUAAACCAACAAAUUCAGGGA